GGCGUAUAUGCGUUCCCAAGACGGCAUCGCGAAGGGCCGUUUCUUUGUUUCUACCCUACAUUGGAGCCGCGUCCGGUUGUUAUGCAAUCGUGGAGCAGUAUUGGAAGACCCGGCUGAACGGCGGAUCCGCCUGAUCCGGCGAACACUGUGGAUGCGCCUCUUCGUGACCUGACUCUCCUUCCAAACAACUGCGAAUGGUACUGCCACAACACUGGGACCACGCACAAGCGUUUCUCUUCCGCAGACUUCUCUCUUCCGGGUCGGCGUCCGAAUUCCUGCGCAUGUGUCACUGCUGUUGCCACGGGGCGUGAGACUACGAAACAACGGACUUCCUGCCUGAAAAUUACAUUCCCCUCCGGCGUCCCGGGAUCGCCUCGCGUUGUACGCUGCGCGUAGUGUCGGCGAGCUCGAGCCAUGGAAUUCGAAGACGUGAUCGACAAGCUCGGAGGCUACGGCCGGUUCCAACGGCUACUCGUCUGGGCAUACCUGGCGCCGGCGUCCCUCCUGAUGCCGGGCUACUUCAUGAACCAGAUCUUCAUGCUGUCCGUGCCCAAACACUCCUGCGUGCUACCCGACCUGGCGCUCACGUUCAACCUGACGGACACUCCCGAGCCAGGCGUACUGCGCAAGUUCCUCGUGACGGACGACGACUGCAGCACGUACGCGCUGGACUCCAUCAACGAGAGCCUGGCUCGCGGUCUCCUGUGGGCGGCCAGCGCCAGUGACGCGGGCGCCAACGUCACCCGCUUGCUGGAGCAUCACGGCGUCGAGAAGAUGGCCUGCACGGAAUUCGCGUACGACGACACCAAUUACGAGAGCACAGCGUCCACGCAGUGGGACUUGGUAUGUGAUCGAGCCCAUCUUCCUAGCCUUGUCUUCACGCUUGGAAGCGUCGGCAGCGCCAUUGGAACCGUCCUCUUAGGCACGCUGUCUGACAGAAUCGGACGGAAGCCGGUAUUCCUCCUGACCGUCUUCAUCGCGACUGUGUUCGGACUGUCCUCCAUCCUGGUGACCAACUUCAUCGCUUUCGCCAUGCUGCGCUUCAUGAACGCCAGUGUCAUGCCGCAGAUAUUCCAGCUGCCCUAUAUUAUUCUGCUGGAGCUGGUGGGUCCCCAGCAGCGCACCCUGAUGUUGGGCGUCUGCUGCAUCUCCUGGACCAUGGGCCUGUGCAUAUUGCCGCUCAUCGCCUACCUGUCGCGCUCUUGGAUCCUACUGGGCAUCAUCUGCUCCUCGUGCGCCAUACCGAACCUGUUCUACUACAAACUCAUUCCGGAGUCACCCAGAUGGCUUCUGUCCCAGAACAAUAUCAAAGACACAAUGGCCAUUCUCAAGCGGAUCGCAAAAACCAACGGCGUGGAAGUGCCGGCAGAUAUGGAGACGGAUCUUGUGAAAGUACAAAAGAAGAUUGCCGAAGAAAAGGAAAUUGCAGCCGCUAGGACGUUUGACCUAUUCCGGAAAGCUCGCAUCCGCAGGAACAUCCUCAUCAUCACCGUAAGCUGGGUAGCCAACGGCUGCGCCUACUAUGGCCUGCACAUCAACGUCACCAACAUGAGCGGCAACGAGUUCCUCAACUUCUUUCUGCUCGGCCUGGUCGAGCUGCCGGCCUCGGUGGUGGGCUGGUGGACCAUGGAGUAUUUUGGUCGCCGCUGGAGCAACGUGGCGCUACAACUCCUCGUGAGCAUCGCCUGCAUAGCGUCCUGCUUCAUACCCACGGAGGCCGUAGUCGCUGGCGUCACGGCGUCACUGGUGGCCAAGUUCGCAUGCGCAGCAUCCUUCAUGAUCAUGUACCAGCAGGCCGCCGAGGUUAUGCCCACACCGCUGCGCGCAUUCGCGCUGGGCGCCUCCUCGGCCUUCUCGUCGGCCUUCAGCAUCUGCAUGCCCUACAUCAUCUACCUCGGACGCUACGGCAACUGGAUUCCCUUCCUGUUCCUCGGUGUACUGGCAGCCGCGGCUGGCAUUUCGGCCGCAUGGCUUCCAGAGACCAACGGCUACGCGUUGUGUCAGACCGUCGAAGACGCCGACGAGUUCGGCAAGGGCCAGCAGUUCUUCUCGCUCAACAGGUUGAAAGACAAAAAGAAAGACUACGACAAGGCAGGCCACAAAGAAAAAGAAAUGGAGCCCAUGACGAAGUCCUCAGACGUAAAAGUCUGAUCGGAUCGCAUCGCCUGCAUUGUUCUUUUUUUUUUUGCGUUAAGUUCACAAUUUGUACUGUCCGUUCCACGCACCUCGGUUUCAUAGCUGAGCGUGCGAUUGGCCGUUCGGUUACGUUGACACCUCCUGGCAUGUGGUUAAAUACCGUCCCCUUCAUUACCACAGAAUGCGGGACAUGCGCUAACAUUCGAUGAACAUCAUCGCAGCUUCAUAAAAAGUGUGUUUUUUAGCGAACCACAUUUUAUGCGCACGUGAGAAUCCGGCGCAAAGAGCGCAAGCGAGUCAGUCUGAAACAAGUCCUGGAGUGAUAUUUCGCUCAAACGUCCUUGGCAGAUUGUUCUUUAGCGCACGCGUCAUCCACGUACCUGUCAAGUUAGGAUCAGGAAAACAUGGACGAAUUUAAUCAUCGGUAAGGCUUCCCCUAUAAUCCCGACACUAACAUUUGGUGUGACCUUCACACCCAAGAAACUCGAUUGUACUUGCAGCAUGCAACGUUCCGCGCAUUUACAUAUAGGACACUUAAAAACAAAAUGGUCAUCUCACUCACGUUGUUUAGCUCACAAAAGCCAUCUCAUCUCGACUCAACAGAUUAUGUCGUCAUGUCAUGCUUGAUAUACAUAGAUUUCUUUUUUUCAUGCCAGCUUUUAUGAACGCCACAUGUUUUAUUUUACCUUCCAUUGCUGUGUAGGGAGAGUCUGUCUUGUAAUUUUCAAACUAGAUUCAUUUUACUUUGGUAGCAUUCUGGUCACAUGAAACAAGUUGCAAUGCUCUAUGUCAAAUAAGUGGAUUCAAAUAAUGGCGCACGACUUUCUGUCCUUAUAGCUCUGAAUACAAUUUUUAGAGAGAAUAAAAGAUGGAAUGCAAAGCUCUCCUGAACCGACA